AUGAGGGUUCCCCUUUUUUUUUUAUCAUUAUUUCCCUUAUUACUAUCCACCAGUUCUAUUGCUCUUGCUGAAGAAACGGCACAACACCACAUUAAUGAAGGCAAUGUUCUCUUAAGUUCUGGUCGUUUUAACGAUGCCCUUAAAAGCUUCGGUGCCGCAAUUCAAAGAGACCCACGAAAUUACUUGAGUUAUUUCAAACGGGCUGCAACAUACCUGUCAUUAGGCAGAAGUUCUUCCGCACUAGAAGACUUUUCGAGGACUUUGGAGCUUAAACCUGAUUUUGACCAAGCAUUAUUACAGCGAGCGAAAAUAUAUGUGAAGGAAGGUGCUUACGUUGAGGCCAAACGUGACUUAAAAAAUUAUAUAAAUAAAAAUCCAGAGGAUGCGGAUUCUAAAAAACUGUUGACUUCGGUUAAAGAAGCUGAGGAUGCGAUCAAAGAGGCAGAUUCUUCAAUAAAAUUCAAAAAAUAUGACGAAUGCGUUAAAUCUCUAAGUAAAGCAAUUUCAGUUUCACCACAUUUCUCAAGUCUGAGAUUGAAGAGAGCAAAAUGUCAUUUUGAAAAAGGAGAAGUGGAGGAAGGUGUACGAGAUUUAACUCAAACAUCUAAAUUGAACCCAUCAGACGCAGAACUUUUAAUGCGCCUGUCGAAAAUCAACUAUUUUGCAUUAUAUCAACCUGAGCAAUCGCUGACAGCUAUCAAGCAGUGCAUACAUUAUGAUCCCGAGCACAAAGAAUGUAAAAGAAUUCUCCGACGGAUUAAACAACUAGAGAAGAGUGUAUCCCGGGUGGAAAAUGAUAUGGAAGGGCAUCGAUGGCAACUAGCAAUCGAUAAGUUAUUUGGUAGUGGAAGUGAGAAAGGUCCCGGAUUAAUUAAUGAAAUCAAAGAAGAACAUGAUAAUCUCAAAGAGGGACGUUCAAGUGAAAAAUUAUUUAUAAAGUUAGAUGGAUUGUCGUGUAAAGCUUACCAAGAGUUAAAAAAUGGACAUAAAGCAAUUAAAUGGUGUUCGUCUACCCUAAAUCUCGACCCCGAAAAUCUCGAUGCGCUAAUUAACCGGGCUGAAGCAUAUAUAUUAAUAGAAGAUUAUGAAGCAGCAAUCCGAGAUUAUACUAAAGCCCACGAAAUUGACGGCAGAGAUGAACGAGUCAAGAAAGGAUACCAAAAAACACAUCGUCUUUUAAAAUCGUCAAAAUCUAAAGAUUAUUAUAAAAUAUUAGGCGUGCCGCGUUCUGCGUCUAAAAGAGAAAUAAAAAAAGCAUUCCAUAAACUUGCACAAAAAUGGCAUCCAGACAAAUAUAAAGGAAGUUUACCGCGCGAAGAAGUAGAGUCCAAAAUGAGUGCAAUCAACGAGGCUUAUGAAGUUUUAAGUAAUGAUGAAUUAAGGGAACGAUUUGACAACGGAGAAGAUCCAAAUGAUAAUUCAGGUGGAUCCCAACCAUUUCAUGGUAAUCCUUUUGCUCAUUUCGGAAGUGGCUUUUCUUUUGGUGGUGGCUUUCCAUUUGGGUCAUCUCAAAGUGAAGGAAAAAAUCCUUUUGGUGAAUGGCAUUUUGCGUUUUAG